CCAAUCAGCUCAAUCAAAACAACUCAAAGAUAUCAAGAUGGCAUUUGCUCAUUUACCAUACCUUCCUUUCUUGGACUCACCAAAUAAUUUACCUUCCAUCGAUCUACUCGAGUCAUUAGCUGUCAUCACCCCUAUUCUCAUUCCGCUCUCAUCUGCCAUCGAUAUCAUCAAGAUCUUACCUAGUCAUUUCGAGCUCUACGUUCUGGAUCACCACUCGGAGGACUCUCCCGAAUCCCGCCUUCGAAGAUCAGCAGAAGUGCUCAAAGUUCUCGAUUUAGGUGUCGUCAAAGUUUUCACCGAUCUAGAUGUCGAGUUGGUAUCCCUCGGCGUACCUCCUGAUCGGAUCGUGAAGAUCAUCGACGGCGUGGAGAGCGCAAACCAAAUGAUACUUGAUUCUGUGUCGGGUGUGAUGUACACGUUGGAAAAAGCAACCCGAUCACAAGUUACCUCUGCUAUAGAAUCACAAGGCUCGUCUGACCGGCCGAGGUUCCUGUUUGAUCCCCAGUUGGAUCUUAACGAACUCAAAGACAAGAUGCAAGACGCCCUCCGAUCUCCCGAUCUAGUCCAUAUCGUAUCUUGCACAUCUAUAACCUCUGUGGAUAUUGAUUACUUGGCCGAUCUGUAUGUCUUGGUUCUACGUACCGAUCGAACAGACGGCCUCUUCUCUACUUGCGUCGUCUCCAGAUCUCCGGCGUCAACAUUGUUAGGUCAGGUGUACUCAUCCAAAGAAUCUAUCAAAUUGAGUAUCAAGACCCGAAAGGCCACCUACUACAGCCGCUCGCGUAAUGAAAUAUGGGCCAAGGGCGCAACCAGCGGUGCCACUCAAUCUGUUGUGCGCAUACGUACAGAUUGCGAUCGCGACGCGCUCGAAUUUCAAGUCAUUCAAAAGCCACUCACAGGAUUUUGUCACACUCAAGAGAUGAGCUGUUUUGGGCCUGUAGGGGGAUUCAGCCACCUCGAGUCCGUACUCCUAAACCGUUUCCAAAACUCUACGCCCGGUAGCUAUACAAACCGCUUGUUCAAUGACGAGAAAUUAUUGAGAGCUAAAAUUAUGGAGGAAGCCGAGGAGCUAUGUGAAGCUGAAUCUCACGAAGACGUCAAGAAUGAGAUGGCCGACUUGUUCUAUUUUGCACUUUGUAGAUGUAUCAGCAAGGGUGUUUCGCUUAAAGAUGUAGAGGAUGUUUUGAACAAGAGAUCACUCAAGAUCACCAGGAGAAAAGGCGAUGCUAAACCUAAAUGGGACAACUCUUCUAACGGAAAAUCUACCGCAGAAAAUCAAGCACCCACGACUAACAAAGACUCGCCUGCCCAAUCGUCAAAACCUGCUCAAUCUCAAGCAAAUCCUGGUCUGAAGUGCCAGAUCAUGGAUCUUGCCCAGAUACCUUCCACCGAUCAUCACAAGUUACUGAACCGCCCACCGAUGGACUCCAAGGCAAUGCUUUCCCGUGUUAAACCCAUUGUUGACAACAUCAAAUCUGGUGGUGACAAUGCUCUACUCAAGGCAAUCAUCAGUUUUGAUCGAAAUCCCAACGCGAGUAUUACUGACCUGAUUAUGAGAUCUCCCUUUGGUCAAGAAACCAUGAAAAUCACCCCGGAGGCCAAAGAGGCCAUCGACAUUGCUUACAAUAACAUCUACACCUUCCACGCCAAGCAACUCGACAAGGAACGCUCGCCUAUGGUUGUAGAGACUAUGGAAGGUGUCGUAUGCUCACGGUUUGCCCGACCCAUCGAUCGAGUUGGUCUUUAUGUACCAGGCGGGACCGCUGUUUUACCCUCGACCGCCCUCAUGUUGGCCAUACCCGCGCAAGUUGCUGGCUGUCCGCAUAUCUCGAUCGCUACUCCUCCAAGACCUGAUGGCACAAUCUCGCCCGAGAUCAUGUACAUCGCUAAUCGAUGUGGUGUGAAGGAGAUCGUGAAAGCUGGGGGUGCACAUUCGAUCAGUGCUAUGGCUUAUGGAACCGAAACAAUUACUAAAGUGGAUAAGAUUUUUGGGCCUGGGAACCAGUUCGUGACAACAGCUAAGAUGUUGGUCGCAAGUGAUGUUGAAGCUAGUGUUGCCAUUGAUAUGCCUGCGGGACCUUCUGAAGUUCUUGUCAUUGCUGAUGAGUCAUCCAAUCCAGCUUUUGUGGCCGCUGAUCUUCUUUCUCAAGCUGAACACGGACCCGAUUCUCAAGUUGUACUCCUGGCUGUGAACGUUUCAGAGGGCUUAUUAUCCGAGAUCGAAGACCAUAUCGAAGCUCAAGCAUUACGCCUACCACGUCUUUCAAUCAUCCAACAAUCUAUUCCUAGAAGCUUGAUAGUCCGAGUCAAUUCACUCACGCAAGCUUUCGACUUGAGUAAUGAAUAUGCCCCUGAACAUCUCAUCCUACACCUUCCUAAUCCGAGCCAAUACCUCCCUCAGAUCAGGAAUGCUGGAAGUGUCUUUCUCGGGGCAUUCUCUCCAGAAAGCUGCGGAGAUUAUGCAUCUGGUACUAACCAUUCACUUCCUACCAUGAAGUUUGCUAAACAAUUCUCAGGUGUCUCUACAUUAGCAUUUAUGAAACAUAUCACUGCGCAAGAAUUGACUGAAGAUGGAUUACGUCGAUUGGGACCUACUGUGAUUAAACUUGCUGAGAUUGAAGGUUUGGAAGCACACGCUAAUGCUGUUCGUCUUAGGCUUAAUAGUAAUUCAUAAGAUGUUCUUACUGGUCACUUGUCCGAAAUAUCAUAGAACUCUAUUGAGUAAAUUAGACAGUCUUGGCUUUAGUUGAUUGCUCGAUUCCAGAAUCAUCUUCUAUGUCAUCUUGAGAAUUGUGCACAGUCCACUGGCUCAAAUCACCAAUAGGUUUUAUCUUGCGAGGUCCCCUU